AUGGAGAUGGCUCUCCCGGUAGCCUCUGGAGCCAACCAGCAGCCGCUUCUGCCGCCGCAGGCGCUGCAGAAUCAACACCAGCGUCAGCCAAUCAGAAAGAAGUUGUCAAGAGACCGAGGCGCGAAGUUGAUUGAGAGAGCGGUGAGAGCCGAGAGAGAGGGUACGGCGGUGCUUAGGCAGUCGUCGGAGCAGCAGGGUCAGGAGCCCGCGGGUUGCGAGGGUGGGAGGCAGCGCGAGGAGCAUUCUGGGGAGAUGGUACCGGCUGUAGCAGGGGAUGUGAUGUUAGAGGGGAUGAGUGUAGCGGAGAGAGGUUGUGGCGACGGUGGGGAAGCGAGGAGCGUGGAAAUAAAGGAGGAGGAACAGGAGUGGGUGGUGGGGGAAGGGGAAGAGGCGAAGGAAGGGGAGGAGCGGGAGGAGGCGGGAGAUAACAGUAGGCAGAAGCAGGUGCAGGAAGAAAGGGAAGAGGAGGGGAGAGUGAAGCAGGAGCAGGGGCUGUCGAGCACAGGCUGUCAGAAUCAGCAGGAGGGGAUUGCUGAGGCGAGCAGACACGUGCAGGAUGGCACGCACGUGGUUGCGUUGGAGGGCGAAUGGGGCGAGGGCGACGGCGAGCAGGUUGUGUACAGGCUGUGCAGGGUGGACCCGGUUGACCCCGUUGACUCCGUUGACUUUCUUGACGCCGUGCCCAUAUCGGAGCGCGAGCUGGAGGAGCUCCAGGCGUGGAUGCUCCGCCAUGCGCCCGACGCGCUCGCCCUGCCCCUGCCGCCCGGAGCGCUGGGGGCUGCGGGGGAGGCGGACAUGGCGGAAUGGCCAUUGGGGGAAGGAUUAGGGUUGGCGGAGGAAGGCGGCGCGGACGAGCCCCCCCUGCCGUCGCCGCCACUUCUCUGGCGGAGCGGGGAGGUGGGAGUGAUAGGAACUGGGCAGCCACGUGGCAGGUCGCUAUUGGCCAGAGGGCAGGAACGAGGGGAAGGGCGGAUAGGGAGAGGCGUGAAGGCGGAACUAGGGUUCGGGCUGGAUGACGCGAAGAGUGGGCGGGACGGCCGCUCGAGUCAAUCGAAUCCCCGUGGGGCUGUUAACGGAGUGCUUGCUCCGGCAGCCAAUGAGACGAGGACAGGUGUGCACGCGCGUCAAGAGUUUCUGGAUUUUCUCCUGACGGAGAUUUCGCACCACGAGCUCGCAGUGGGGCAGAGUAGUGCAACCCCCCAACACCAUCCCCGCGCCGACCUCUCCGCCCCUGACUCUCUCCCCCCUCCGCUCCCCCCAUCCCACCAUCCAGCCCAUGAUCAGCACCAUCCCCCCUUCCUCUCCGCCCCGCGCUCCUUUCCCGCUCAUGGGCGGGUGGGGCGGCCAAGGGGAGCUCUGGGCGGGGUGCGGGGGAGGAGGGGGAGAGGUAGGGGCGUGGGAAUGGCUCGGCGCGCUGCUGACGGGGACGCGUUGGGGACGCCCACUGCAGCCGGCGCAAUAGUUAUGGGGGCGGGGGAGGAGCAAGGGGCGGAUGGCGGAGCACAGGGGGCGGGGGAGGAGAGGGAGGAGGGGGAGGGAGCCAGCGCUGGGGGAAGGGCGAGGGUGGGGCGCCGCAGCAGGAUGCGGAUGGGGGGACGGGGGACGGACGAGGAGGUGGUGCGGAGGGGUUGGGGGGCUGCGCAUGCUCUGUCAGCGGGGGAAGCAGGGGCGCACGGCGGGGCAGUAGGGGGGACGGAGGAAGGAGCAGAUGGAUUGGAGCGAGAUGGUCAAGAAGCCGGGCUAGGGGGGCACGGGCUAGGGUUAGGGUUAGGGUUAGAGGGAGGAGCGUGGGAGAGGUUAGGUUCUGGUGGAUGGCCCACUCGGCCUCGCAGCAGACGAGGUCAUGCAGGUCAAAUAGGUCAAGCUGGGCAGACGGGUCAACGGAGUCAACGCAGUCAACGACCACCUGCUGCCACAGCCGCUGAUCCGCCUGCUGAGGUGGGCCGGGCAGCUAUGGGGCAGUCCACAACGGGGGGGAAUGGCGCCAGUGGGCGCGCCUCAGCAAGCGCACUCCUUGGCGCUGCCCCACACCCGUCCAGCCCGCGCCAUCUCCGCUCCUCCCCCAUUGUUUCCGCCCCUGCUUCCCCCGUUGCACUGGCUAGAGGGGCGCAAGGGGGGGCGCAGCCGGCGGAGGAGGGCAGGGGGAGGAGAGUGAGUGCGCGGCGGGGCGGUGGGCGGCAGGCAGCAGCGCUGCAGGCCAAGGUAGAGCCGGGGGAGGUGUCUUUUGAGACUGCCACUGUGGCUGCGGCAGUGAGUGGCGCUGCUGCUGCAGCAGGAGGGGGAGCGGCGGUUGCAGGCGUGUCUGCUGCUCCUGCUGCGGAGGCAUCCGCGGGAAGGGGCGCGCGGAGUGGGAGUGAGGCGCAUCAGGUGGCGCAACAGGGCGGAGAGGCUACGGAGCGGGGGAGAGGGGGAGGAAAGAGGCGGAGAUUGCAGUCUGGGUGGCGGGCAAUGGGGGAAGGGAGAGUGAAGCGGGAGGGGGAGGGACGAGGAGAGGCUGAAGAGGCAGAUGGAAUUGGGGAGGGAGUGCGGGAGGGGGGUGAGUAUAUAGUAGCAGAUGGUGCAGGGGAGGGUGGAGGAGACGAGGCGAGAUCAGAGCGAAUGAGUGAUGACGCGGACGACUCUGGUGCUUCAGGGGCUGAUUAUGCCGAAGAUGCUGCAGUGGGUGCACACGCAGACGGUGGUGCUGCCGCUGCCAGCGCUGCUGCGGAUGCGCGUGCGUCUGUGGACGGCGCUGGAGCAGGGGAGUGGAAGGAGGCAGGGAGCAGGGUCGCACGUGGAAAGGGCGUGAGGGCGGGACGAGGAAGAGGCAGAGGCAGAGGGCGGGGCAGGUGGAAGGUGGAGGGGCGGCUGGGAAGGGAUGUGCCCGGGAGAAGGGCGAGGAGUAGGGAGAAAGGGGCGGUUGGAGAAGCUAGGUUGAAAAGCCGUGUGGGUGGAGAAACAGAAGCAGGAGAGGAAGAAGAAACUGGCUGGGCGAGUGACCUGAGGGAAGGGAAGGGAGCAGAGGAGGAGAGAGUGGGGGAGGAGAGAGGGCAGUCAGAAGGAGCGAGGGAGGUGCAAGAGAUCAGUGCCGGGCGAAAUGGGAUGGAAGGGGAAAGUAGGGGCAGGGGUGAGGCAGGCGAAGGGGCAAGUGAGGUAGAGCAAGGGAGAGUGGGUGAAAGGGAGGGCGUGAGCGGGGCUGUGGCCCCUUCGGUGUCAAGGCAGCUGAGGCUGCAGCGACGGCAGAUGAUUCAGAAGCAGUGGGAGGAGCGCCAGCGCAUGCAGCAGCAGGUUCGGCAGGCUGAGGCUCGGCGGAAACAGGUUCGGCAAACACAGGGGGAGCAAGCGCCGGUUCGGGAGGGGUGGCGAGAGGCAGAGGAGGAGCGCAUGCCGUCCCAAGGUGGGGCCCUGGCAGUCCCUGGUGCCGCUGUUGUGGGAAAGGCUGAGGACGGAGAGAUGGGCGCGGCCAGGGCGGGAAGAGACGAGGGAGAAGCAGGGAAGGAAGGAGUGGAAGAAGUGGAAGGAGGAAGAGCAAGGAUGCAGGAGGUGGGCGAGAUCACGGGAGGCGAAGUUGCAGUGAUGGCGGAGAGUGUAGGAGGGGUGGCGGGCAGAGCGGACAGCAUGGCGGCAACAGGGGGCAGCGCAAUGAGUGCGGGGAGGGCAGGGGAAGAGGAGGAGGAAGGGGAGGGGAAGAUGCGUUUGGCAGAGGCAGGUGAGGAGGAGCGGGGCGAUGGGAGUAGGCGGAUGGCUGGUGGCGCUGCAGCUGAGGGGGCGAGACAGAGGCAUGUGGGGGAAGGGGAGCAGGAAGAGCAGGUGCAGAGGAGAGCGGGCAUGACAGGGCGGCAGGUGGAGUGUGUGGGUGAUGAGAGGCAUUUGGUGGAUGGGCAUGGGCGUGCUCUUGGUACGAAGGCAGAAGACGCGGUUAAGAAAGUGGGGAUAACUAGAGAUGGUGAUGUGGAAGACUCACAGAUGGUAGAUGAAACGGUAGAUGCAACGCAUGUACAGUUACAGGCACUGACGCAUACUGAGGAGCUGACAGAUGAUAGGAACCAGACACGUGCAGGUGGAGCAGGUGAGGCAGAGGCACAAGCAGGUGCCGUUGCACAUGUACAGGUGGCACAGGCUGACGUGGCACACGCCGACGUGGCUAAAGCUGCUGCAGAUAGGCUGCCUGCAGCGCAGCAGAUUGCUGAAACGAGUCCAGGCUUGGGCGGUGAUGCUGGUUGGAGUGAAGAGGCACGAGGGAAGGCGCAAGUAGGCGAGCUGAGAGAACAGCAGCAAGGUGGGGAGGAGACGGAGGGGACGCAGAGGCAAGAUGCGGCAGAAGGGCAGGGGGCAGAGAGGCAGCAGGUGCAGGAGACGCAGCAAGAGUAUGGAAGGCAGCAAGAGGACGAACGGAAGCAGGUGGAGCAGCGAGACAAGGGGGCUAGGGAGGUGGUGAGAGGUAAGGAGAACGAAGAGGGCCAAAAGGAAGCAAAUGCUCUGCCUGGUGAUGCAGCAGUUACAGCUGGUAAUGGGAGUGGAUUAGAAAGUGGUGUUGGUGGGGGCGGUGGGAAAAGCGAGGGGAGAAUGGAGGAGGCUAGCAGAGAAGCGCAAGCAGCAACAGGAGCAGCGGGAGUGAGUGGGAGAGGAGGGGAUGAGAGAGGAGGGAGUGAGAAGGUGCCAGAGAAAGGAGUGAGUGAGAGGAGCCGCAGGAAGAGGGUGCUUAACUCGAGGUACUAUGAGGGGGGGUUCCAAUACGAGGGUGACUAUAUCGAAGGGGAGGAGGGGCAGCCCUCUGAACCAGACAUGGACUGGCAUCCCACUGGUGCUGACGUGGCAGCAGCUGGAAGGGGAGGAGGAGGGGGAGGAGGAGGGUUGGGCGUGGGAGGUCAGAGUGGGGACUAUGCUGCCACAUUAGGAUUUACUGUGGAUGCUGACGUGGCAGGCAUGGCACGAGCCGUGAUGGCCUGGGGAAGGCAGCAGGUGGGGGAGGGCGCUUCCUCUCUGCCCGAUGCUGCCAACAUGCCUGAAUCUGCUGCUGCUCGUGUGGCUGCUGCUGCUGCUGCAGGUGGUGGUGGUGGUGGUUGGGGGGCAGAAGGGGAAGUGAGAGGAGCGGUGGGGGGGAAGGGAGCAGGCAGGGGGAGGGCAGGGGGGAGGGGAGUGGGGAAAGGGGACGGUGGUGCUGCUGUGGGGGGAAGAGCAAAGCGGGGCAGGGUGGGCGAGGGCGGCUUGGAGGCUGCUGGGGGCAGUGCAGGGGAAGAGGCGGGGGAGGGGGGUGAGCGGGGGGGAGGUGGGGAUGGUUGGGCAGGGGGGGUGGAGGAGGUAGGUGGAGUAGGAGUGAUGGCAUCACAGGUUGCUGCUGCUGCGGCUGUUGCUGCUGCCAAGGAGAGACCUCCAGCAAAAAAGAAGAAAUCCUCACUGUCAUCGUCGGCAGCAGCAGCACCACCGGUACCAGCAACAGCCAGCGUGACGUCCCCCCAGAGGCAGCUGCUGGCUCAGCAGCAGCAGCAGGUGCAGGUGCAGCAGCGGGGGGGCGGUGUGGCGGGUGGUGGGGGCAGAGGGAAGGGUGGCAGCAGAAAGGGCGAGGCAAGGUGGUCGCGGACGCCUGCGGGCGGAGGAGGAGGAGAAGGGGCGCAGGGAGAGGAAGGGGCGGUAGCAGCAGCAGCACAGGGGGGGACAGGAGCAGCAGCAGCGGCAGCAGGAGCAGCAGUGGGAGGGUUGGCAGGAUGGGCAGCGGCAGGAGCGGCAGGAGCGGCAGGAGCAUCACCCCCAGGCGCCACCCCACCAGGAGUCAGCCUGCUAGGGGGUGCUCUGGACGGCAAGCUGCAGGAAGCUUCCUGGAUGGAGCUCUCCAGCAUGGUCGGCCUCUCCCCUGUCCCAGCGCUCACCCCCCUGCCUCCUGCCGCCCUUGCCGACCACCCUGCCGCCCUCUCCUGUGGGCUUGCCGCCCGGGCCCUUCCAAGUGGAACCGUGGGGAAGCAACAAGGGGGGGGUUUCGUGGACACUGGGGGUGUAGGGGGUGGGGCGAGAGGAGGGGGAGAUGAGGGGUUGGGGGGGAUGGCAGGCGGGGGGCGGGGAGUGGGGGGGAGGAGGGGGUAG